AUGUCAAAUCUGAAGAAGAAGAAGGAGGAGGAGGAGGAGAGGUGGUCGAAAGGACUGCCAGAAGAUAUCUUGCAAUUGAUACCACAACGGCUUUGCAUAUCAGAUUACAGAGUGUUUCGCCAAGUAUGCCCUAAUUGGCGAGCCGCUGUUGAUAGGGGUAUUGCCACCAAGACUUGCCCUCCUGCUCCUCAAUUCCCAUGGCUGUUGCACAAGUGUCUCUCUUCUCUAAAUGGCUUCUACAUCGAGCACCAAUAUUCCUUGGUAACGGAUCCAAGGUUUUUCAGAUCAGCUCAUUCUUGUUCGACUUCCCCAGAUUGUGUUGGGUCAAUUGGGGCGUGGCUUAUCAUAGCUGCUAAGGAUCAAUAUCGCCACAAUAACAACAACAUCACUAUUAUCGACAACUUCUUUUGUAGCCUCAUCACCGCCAACAAGCCUGAAACAGCAGCAGCAGGACUUGAUUGUGGCUGGCCUUGGGUGUGGAGUUUGGCUGUUUGUAGGCCAACUGAUACAUCAUGGACCGUCAUUACGAUCAGAAAAGGGCUCCUAUUUAGAGAUAUAGAAAUCAUUGAUGGGAAAUUAUAUGCUGUAAGAACUGUCAAUGAACUUAUGAUAUAUGACAUCCUCCCUGCACAUGUCGAUGUUUAUAGGGACGAAAGGUUGGUAGUGCUUCCCAAUGACCCGGUCCAUUUGGAAUGGGGAUGGGGAAGGGGAUGGGUAGGCCCUUACCUAGCGAAAGAUUCUGCAUCCAAGGAGUUGUUUAUGAUUAUUCAGAAGAUUUCAUCCAGACAGAAGAAACGAGGAUUAUUCCGAGUGUACAAGCAGGAGUUUGACACUGACGGUGGAGCACGGUGGGAGGAGGUUGUUGACCUUGGUGAUCGAAUAUUGUUUCUGAGCGGGGCAAGUAAUAAGUUCAUCCAUGGCAAGACACUUCGAAAAAAUUGCAUCUAUUUUGCUUUCAAUGACGAUGAUUUUGGGGUGUAUUCCUUGACCAAUAGGACCAUCAAACCUCUUGCUUUACCUGAGGGUUAUACAAAUAACAUACACUGUGCUAACAAUCGAACUCUUUGGUUCACACCUCAUCCGUGGUAGCUGAGUUACUUUAAAAGUUUCACAAAUCACACCUCAAAUUCAUAUCCGAAAAGUUUCUUGGUUAGUAAAUUUGUUAGCUCCAGCCUGUCUGUUCUGAUAC